GAACAACGGUCGUGACGUUCUUUACUUGCAUCUUAGGUUAUAUUCACAUUCACAGCCCAUCGUUCUUAGCUUGAGCUUGAGAUGCCCUCGCUCGCCAUUGGUUGACCUUCUUCGCAAGAGGUUGAGAGCAGUUAAAGGGAGCAGACACAGUAGGGUCGACUCCGAGCUACGAAGUGCACUCAACCGAGUGUAUAUCUCUCCAACUCGGUACCAUGCCUCCAAAGAAAUUGAGCCUGCCUUCAAAUCUUCUCAAGGAAUUAGGGUUUUUAGACACACUUCCUGCGUCGGUGAACAAGGGGCGAUGGGAAAGCCAGGGGCAACAUCGGAAAGCCCGGCGCAAAGCUGAAAGAUCGUCGAAACGCCGCCAGCAACCUUCCCAGGGCAGUGUACAGAACCGCCGAAACUCGGCACGUCACUCCCAAGCGCCAGAGGAUCACGACUGUGAUACAUCUACAUCCGUGGUGGAAGAGGACCCGCCCUCGCCCCCGCCCCCUGUAUUGUCAACGUCUACGACACGGAAGCGGAAGAGGACCGACUCAGAUGGCAAGAGCAGUCAGGUGCCGCCAACUCGACAGACGCCGAAAGCUGCGCGCAAUAAUACUGCCCAAGAUGAUGCCGAGAUCGAGGCGCUAGAGCGUAAACUGGGUAUCAGGAAAGACCGCAAGACUCUUCCCAAGGCCUUCAAGGACGAUGGUUUACUUGACUUGCUUGACGACAGUAGCGAUGAUGAUAGCGAGGUGCCUCACAAGGGCAAGACGGAGGCAGAUGAGUGGCUAGCGAGAAAACGUCUAAAAGCGGCGCGAUCCCGAGAACGUCCGCGAGACGACGCUGUCGAGAAUACAGACGCCAGCGACUUGGAAGAAGCCGAGGACGACGAUUCGCUUAGCGCGUUGGAGGACGGGAAUGAGGGGCACGACGACAAAGGCAGGGAGGAGGCUUCGGACGAAGCAUCUGGAAGUGAGGAUGAAUCGUCCCAAGACGAGGAUCCUUUCGCAGUUUCUGGGUCGGACGCCGAAGAACACCAACCUACAAUGACAAGACGUCGCGAGAACCCCUAUGUGGCCCCGAUCACGGAUACGUCAAAGUACAUACCGCCUUCUCUCCGGAAACGCUCCGGAAACGACACGGACUUGGAAGCUCGGAUCCGCAGAAAGACGCAGGGCCCGGUCAAUCGUGUCACAGAGGCAAACCUAAUCUCCAUCGUGGAAGAGAUCAACCAGAUCUACCGAGACCAUCCUCGUGGCCUCGUCACCAAUGUCCUCACCGAUCUCUUGAUGGCACAGAUCUGCGAGCCCACGAGCAAACCCGAUACGCUAUUGGUUCUUUCUGCUGGUUUUGUAGCUGCGCUGCAUAAAGUCAUCGGCGUGGACUUUGCGGCUCACUUCCUCAACGCCGUAGUGGACCGAUUCCAGCAAGAGCAUGCUGCCGCCCAAAGGGCGGUAGAGCAACAGCAGACACCUACAAAGGAGACGUCGAACUUGGCUACCGUCUUAUCCGAGAUGUAUAUGUUCCGUAUUGUCGGGAGCAAACUCAUAUUUGAUUAUGUACGCCUCCUUUUGAGUAAUCUAUCGGAGCUCAAUGCCGAACUCCUACUCAGAAUCGUCCGAAUGGCUGGUCCUCAGCUUCGCAAGGAUGACCCUUUGGCGCUGAAGGAUAUUGUCAGCCUCAUUCGGCCUGCAGUUACCAAGAUCGGCGAAGGGAAUCUGUCCGUACGAACCAAGUUCAUGAUCGAGACCAUUACCGACUUGAAGAACAACAAAGUAAAAGCGGGUUCUCAGGAUUUGGCGACCCUGAGUCAACAUGUCACGCGGAUGAGGAAGUUGCUGGGGACUAUGGACACGACCAAGACGAAGGCCACCGAACCCCUCCGUGUAGGCUUGGGGGACAUUCAGAAUGCGGACAAGUCGGGCAGGUGGUGGCUUGUUGGUGCGAGUUGGGCGGGACCCAGGAACAGUGAACAGCAAAGAUCCAAUGAAUCCGGACCUGCCGCUGGGGAGACGGACAUUGGUUCAGAUCUCAAUCUCGGUACUGACUUGGACGACCUGGCCACCGGGGACGACCUCACUCUUAUCGACUAUGCCGAGCUUGCGCGGGAACAGGGUAUGAACACAGAUGUUCGGAGAGCCAUAUUUAUCUCCCUGGUGGCCGCUGCCGACGUCAACGACGCGCAUUUGAGGAUAUUGAAGCUUCGGCUCAACAAGUACAACCGCCGAGAGAUACCCAAGGUCCUUGUGCAGUGCGCCGGCGCUCAACAGUACUACAAUCCUUACUACACCCUUGUUGCUAGCAAGUUCUGCGGAGAUCCCAGGAUCAAGUAUGCUUUCCAGGAUGUGUUAUGGACGCUAUUCCGGAGACUGGGCGAGCCACUUUUCGGCGAAGAACCAGAGGAUGAAGAGGAGGAGACGAUGGACAACCGUCGGCUCAUCAAUACGGCUAAGAUGGUCGGUCACCUCGUCGUCGAUUGUUCGAUUUCCUUGGAUGUAUUGAAACCGCUGAACUUCGCCUACGUCAAAGAGACAACUUCCCUGGUAGUUGAAGUCAUGCUCAUUACUAUCCUCCAAGAAUGUUUGAAGGUCAAGCAGACAAGCACAGACCACGCCUUGGGAAAGAUUUUUGGGACCCAUGUCUCGUCCGAGCUAGCACGUGGACUGCGAUAUUUUCUUCGUCAGAAGGUGCAUAAGACGGACAUGGUAGACGGCAAGAAAGAGGCCCGGAGGGUAAGGGAGGCAUGCAAGGUGGCGGAGUGUAUCCUGGAGCGGCAGGAAAUGAGUGAGCGGGAUUAAUCGGUUUCCUAUUCGGACCGGGAAAAAAAUAUUCGAGGCCAAAUACCUACUUACUGAGUAAUUAGAGGUUGUGACAAGUUGACCUGAAAUUGAAGCGGUCGGCCUCAUUCCGAAAGCCGUCAUUGCCUACCUUGGUCGAUUUGGAGCGAGACAAGUAGCUUUCUUAUGUGAGCACAGCAGCUUCACUUGUGCCCGGAUCCACAUUCUGUACUCGUCCUCCGGCGUACACUACCUAAGGUACCUAACUCGGUU